AGAUCGUUGUUACACCGUCAUUGUGAAAACGUGCCGCAAAAUGUUUGUGUUUGCGUUUGCCGGACUCGUACUUUGCGCUACUGGACAGGUUCCACCGCCGGUUCUGGUUAACUUCACCGUGGAAGGUGACGUUACCCUGGGCGGGAUGGUCCCGUUCCACUUUGGUUCAUCCUGUCAGGGGCCGUUGGGGCGGACAUCGGUGGAGGCUGCCGAGACGAUUGUGUUCACUGUUCGUCAGGUGAACGAGCGAUCAGACCUGCUACCAAACCUGACGCUGGGGUUCGACAUCAGGGAGACAUGUUACAACGAAGACAUGACACUGUUAUCCGUUCUGUCUCUUUUGAGUAGCUACUCCCAUGAUGACCCAGUUUUCCGAGUGACGGGACGUCACCGACCACCAGCUACCGGUAAUUUGAUCGGAAUCAUCGGCACUGCACAGAGUGCUUCCAGUCUGGCAGCAGCCAAACCCAUCAACCUGUACGGUGUGCCCAUGAUCUCUUACUCCGCUACCAGUGACGAGCUGAGCGACAAAGAUCGAUUCCCGUACUUUCUGCGUACAGUGCCACCAGACAGGUUUCAAGCCAGGGCAAUCAUGGACAUCCUAGUCCGUUACAACUGGAUCUACGUCGGUCUGAUCUACUCGCUGAAUACUUACGGUAUCCUUGGCACUCAAGAGCUGUUGUCAUUAGCAGACAAAGAGGGAGUCUGCAUUGCGUUUUCUAUCGUGGUAAGAGAGAACGCUGCCCCCUCUGAAAUCCAAGAAAUUGUUCAGAAAAUCACUACACAUCAUCGCGCGAAAGUUUUGGUGAUGUUCGGCGAGUUUGUUGGCAUGUACACCGCUUUGCAGAUAUACCACAAUGAACACCCUGGCGAAAAGCGGACCCUGCUUUGCAGUGAUGCCUUCGGACAAGAUUUGCAUCAAUACGACAUCCUAAGUAUGAUUCAAGGCAGUAUUAAAGUGAAGCUUGAUUUCCAGAAAAUUCCCGCGAUUCAGGAGUACUUCAGUGAUGUGUUGAAGCAGAGUGGGCUAAGCCCUUGGUUUGCUGCUUUCAGAGAGACAUGGAUGACGGCCAAAAACUGCUCAGACAUCUCUACAUGUCCAAUCUCAUUCACGGGAACCUGGAUGCCGAUUUACAAAUCGGUGUAUGCCUUUGCUUACGCGUUGGACGACAUGCUGCGUGACCUGUGUCCUGAAAUGACGGUCAAUUGCGUGACUCUGACGGCACGUAAUGUCACUGGUAGGGACCUGUUGCCAUAUCUCCGCAAUGUGACCUUUCAAGGACCGGACGGUGAGUUUCAUUUUGAUUCGGACGGGGACCCAGCGGGCGCGUAUCUUCUCAGUUCAGUCGGGGUAGACCAGCAAGGGGAAAUCGUUUGGCACGACAUCGGGCACUGGGACUCUCAUUUUGAACAACACUCCCUGAAAAUUGACGACAAGAGGAUCGAGUGGCCGGGGAUAAAACCCAAAGCACCGAUCUCAGUUUGUCGAGACGAAUGUCAACCGGGUUACAUUGAGGUCCCAGAGGAGGAGAAAUGCUGCUGGACGUGUCGUCAGUGCGUCCCGAACGAGAAAGCGGUUAACAACGAGUGCAUACCUUGUCCUAGCCACUUCUGGCCCAGCGAGGACUUCACGACCUGUCAGCCCAUCGUCCCAACUAUUAUCAAUCUAAAGAAUCCUAUCAUCCUAGUCCUGCUGAUCCUAUGUGGACUGGGAGUCUUGCUGGCCCUAGUGAGCCUGACCGGCAUGUUCAUCUUCCGUAAACAUCCUCUGAUCAAGGCCACUGGCCGUGAGGUUAGUCUUGUCACCCUUCUUGGGACCCUCCUAGCCUACCUGACCAUCUUCCCGUUCCUGGACUACCCAACCGAGGCGUCCUGUGCAGUGGGUGAGGCUAUGGUGUCCCUUGGCUUCACGCUGACCUACGCUCCCACUCUGCUGAAGGUCAACCGGAUUUGCCGGAUUUUCCAGGCGGGAAAGAAGUCCACAAAACCUCCCCGUUUUGUCCGGCCCAGAGACCAAGUUCUGCUGGUCGUCCUGCUUACUGCAAUCCAGGUGGUGAUUGUUGGUGUAUCCGGCAUCACAGGCAACCUCAGCAAACCCCAGCUCCUAAUGCCAGAGAAGUUCUGCAAUUACAUGGAGAUCUACUGCCUGUUCCGGAGCGGCUUCGUCGCCUCGUGCAUGUACAACCUGCUGCUGAUCCUGGCCUGCUGCUACUACGCCUUCAAGACCCGUAAGGUACCCAGCAACUACAACGAGUCCAAGUUCAUCGCAGUCAGCGUCUAUUCCACCCUGGUGCUGUGCCUGGCCGCUGUGCCUGUCUAUGCCACGGCUACCAUUGUCCUACAGAAGGUGGCUACACUCUGUAUGGCCGUGCUGCUCAAUGCCUACCUGACGCUAGUCUGCGUAUACUUGCCAAAGCUCUACGCCGCUCGCUUCGUCAAGGAUGUGGUUCUUCUCCGUUGCAGCAACUCAACGACCGGAGAGAAUUCUACUAGAGUCCACCCGCUACCCGGGCCCAGCACUUUGGGUGAGCAGAGCCAAGGCUUGCCAUCCGUCAAUACCUGAAAAAAAGUUUACCCCGUGCGCGCGACGUGUAGGAAAACUUGGUCACAAUGUGAAACUUGGUCCCGGCAGCUAUGCGCUUAG